AUGGUUACUGAGCAAGAGAGCAACACAGACGACGCUCUAUCUGUCUGUGAUCGACCUCAGAGAGCUGUCAGUUCAGGACGACGGCUUGGCUGGAGCAAAGAGCUGUGGAGCGGCGGCGAACUGGCUGAGGGCCGGCUCCCCUGUAACGGCAGAGUGACAUUGCGCUCUUCUGCGCUGCUGCGGCUCGCCGUCGGCCUGGGCAGUGUUUGUUGCUUUGGCUCGCCUGAUCCCGUUGGGCCCUUGGAGCAGCCUCGCCUCGAUCUUGACAGGCUGAAUGCCCUCCUGCCUUGGAUCCAAGUCCAGCUCGCCUUCACCUCGCUCUUGACCUCGCCCCCGCCCUCGACCACCGGCUACUCUCCUCCUCGUCUGGCCCUACUCGCCCUACUCGCCCUACUCGCCCUACUCGCCCUACUCGCCGUCCUCUAUCCUCUACCCACCACCACCCAUCCUCUCCUCGACAUCCUUGCCAUCCUUCCCUCGUGUCGUCCACAUCCCCUCACCCCUCACCCGCCAUUCGCAUCUGCAUCCGCAACCCCACCUCUUCACCUCGCGCGCUUCCCUACUCCCCCCUCUGCAUCUUGCGCGAGCGGUCAGCCUUCUUGGUAG